AUGGCCCAGCGCGGCCGCAGGCCGCCCUCGUCCGCGCCCCCCGAGGCCGAGCAGCCGGCCGAGGCGCUCGCCCGCAUCCUCCGCACCGAGGCCGCCGUCUCCGGCGUCUCCCGCAAGGCGUCGGCGGGAUCGAGCCAGCACUCCACCCGCCUCUGGCCCCGCGCCGUCCUCGAGGCCCUCGACUCCGCCGUCGCCUCCUCCCGCUGGGAGUCCGCCCUCGAGAUCUUCGAGCUGCUGCGGAAGCAGCGGUGGUACGAGCCGAGGACCCAGACCUACGCCAGGCUGCUGAUGUUGCUGGGCAGGUGCCGGCAGCCCGGCCCUGCCGCCGCCCUCUUCAAGCUGAUGCUCUCGGAGGAGCGGCUCGCGCCGACGGUGGACGUGUACACGGCGCUCGUCGGGGCCUACGGCUACAGCGGCCUGCUGGACGAGGCGAUGGCCAUUGUCGACCGGAUGAAAGGUGCUGACGCAGACUGCAAGCCGGACGAGUACACCUUCUCCGUCCUCAUCAACUGCUGCUGUAAGUCACGCCGCUUCGACCUGAUCCGCAAUGUGCUCGAUGAGAUGUCGUACCUGGGGCUCGGAUGCAACAUUGUCAUCCACAAUGGCAUGAUUGAUGGCUAUGGCAAGGCCGGAAUGCUAGAGGAGAUGGAGGACGCGCUGUCCAACAUGCUUCAAGAUGGGGACAAUGUGCCGGACAUAUAUACGAUGAACUCCAUCAUCUCGGCCUAUGGGAACCGUGGCAGGGUUGCUGACAUGGAGAGGUGGUACACUGAGUUUCAGUUGAUGGGCGUUGAGCCAGAUACGCGGACGUUCAAUAUCAUGAUGAAGUCUUACGGCAAGGCUAACAUGCCUGACAAAAUGUUGUCUGUGCUGAAGUAUAUGAAGCGGCGCUUCUUCUCACCCUCUGCUGCUACGUUCAACAUAAUCAUAGAGUGUUUUGGAAGGGCUGGCAACAUUGAGAAGAUGGAGUACUAUUUCAGGCUGAUGAAAAUUCAGGGUGUCAAGCCCAACCCCAUAACGUACUGCUCGCUGGUUAAUGGAUACAGUAAAGCUGGGCUCCUUGAUAUGGUUCCUUUAAUUAUUCGACAGACGGAGAACACUGAUGUUGUCUUGGAUACUCCAUUUUUCAACUGCGUUAUCAGUGCAUAUGCCAAGUCUGGAGAUAUCAAAAUAAUGGAGGAAAUGCUACUGCUAAUGAAGGAAAAGAAAUGUAAACCAGGCAAGGUAAUUUAUAACACCAUGAUUCAGGCAUAUAUUGCGCAUGGGAUGGAAGAAGCCGCUAAGUUGUUAGAAACAGAAAUGGAAAGAUUUGAUAAUAAAUUACUGGGACCAAUUCCUGAGGUUGAUUACUAGUAAACUGCCACCAUUGUUUUGAGGGGGCAGAGUAGUUAGAUUUGUGUAAUACAAGAUCGGGGAAAGAGCAUGUAAGAGGGGUCUUCGGAGAAUAUAUUUAUACAUCCA